CCAUUCGAAGUUUCCAGGAAACCACCUAAUAAUCAGAUGCUUCCGUACACUCCAAAACGCAUCAUCUUGAGAUGAAUCGCAGCCGUUCGUUACUUCAACGCGAUGGGUUAAGGAGAAAGCUUUCAGACCACACGAUAAGGUUCGAACGUGACAACCACAUCGAUGCAGAUACGCCACCCAACACUUAUAUAUCUCCAUCGGACAAAUCAAUCAAAACAGUUCACAAAAAUCACUUCUCUCUAUCUCUCUCCUUCCUUCAUCAUCUUUUUUCCACUAAUGGAACCACCAAGCAAGAAAUCAAUUGUACUUGAAACUAGUAGUAAUACGAAGAUGGAGACCAAAUACGAAGAUAUGUUGCCGAUUAUGGCGGAGAAGAUGGACGUUGAAGAGUUUGUAUCAGAGUUGUGCAAAGGUUUCAGUUUGCUUGCGGAUCCAGAGAGAGAUCUGAUCACAGCUGAGAGCCUAAGGAGAAACUCAGGGAUACUUGGGAUUCAAGGAAUGAGCAAGGAAGAUGCGGAAGGAAUGGUUAGAGAAGGAGACCUUGAUGGAGAUGGAGCACUUAACCAAACCGAAUUCUGCGUUCUCAUGGUUCGGUUAAGCCCCGAGAUGAUGGAAGAUGCAGAAAUCUGGCUCGACAAAGCCAUCAGCAGCCAACAACUCUGCAAUCACAACCACUCUUCUCUGCCUUGAUGAACUACCUUUUGCUUGUGUAUUCUCUCUCUGUCUUCUAAAACUUAUAAAUGUUUCUCAAUAGAGAAAAAUACACCAACCGUAUAACUUAUGCUCGAGAAAUACACAAUUCCAUGUCUCUUUCAAUUUAUUUUAUGUGAAACAAAAUUUAUAAAACAUAAAAAAAGAAGAAGAAAUUUCUGUUAU